AAUAUGAUAAAAGCUUACAAUUAUCUGAUAGAAGCUGUAAAAUGGCAGUUGCUGGUCACAAUCGUGUCUGCAUUCCUCAAUAUACUGUCUUGCUGCUACAGAGUAUCUUUGACAAUUAUCAAGGAAGAUAUGCCUUUGUCAUUCAUGAUUACCUACGUGGGGCUGCUAGCAGGCAUCAUGCUACCAUUGUUCUCACCAUGUAUGCUUGGAGACCAGGUUCAUGAUGAAGUACGAAGACUUAGGGAGCUAUUGGCUUCGAGACUUUAUGAGAAUCAACUAGAUAAGUCAAGCCGCGGUAUGGCUCGAGCUCUGCUGGCGUGGACGGAGACACGGGACCUCUCGUUUUCCCUUCUUCGGAUGCUGGACAUUGAUAUAUCACUGCCGUUCAAGUUCGUCGGUCUUCUCGUCACUUAUCUCAUCAUUUUGCUGCAAUUCCAGAAAGUUAUUAACCCAUAA